AUGGAUAUUCAUGUUCUUCAAAGCCAGCCCGCCCAGAAGGUCGCGUUUAAAGACUCUUCCACGGUUCGUGUGGAUUUGGUCCGCGGCGGGUUCCAGCCGCGCCUUCCGACUUCGCUGCCGCCCCCAGGGCAGCAGCAGCAGCCGUCGCCGCUACCACGCCGACAGCCCGUCCCGUUGAUGCCUCCCGCGCAGUUUCAUCCGGGAGCGCCCCAGGUGGUCGCUCCGGCGCCUGCGGUCCCUCUUCAGUCGCCAUCGCCUUCGGAGCUGAUGGACGUCGACCCCUCAGCCGGGCCGCCUUCCCAAGCGGUGGCUGUGCAGCAUGUCCUGCAGCCGCUUUCCUUGGGCACCCCCAAGGAGUCUGACACCGCAGCGCCUUGUCCGGCGCCCACUCAGCAGCCGUCGACGCAGCGUCAGGAGACGCUGCCUCUCUUCGUGGGUCCCGACGCCCCGUCGCGUCCAGUACCAGAAGCUGCGCCCGUGGUCACAGGCGUGCACCCUGACCUCGGUUUUCAGUCGGUGUUUCCCGAGGCCCCGCGCGGCCAAUGCUGGGGUGCGGACCGGGGACUGCCACAGACAACAGUCUCCGUCCCGGGGAUGUUUGGACCCAAGUCUUGUGAUUCGGGUAACGGAUAUGUCUCCUCGAAUUUGCAGCUGCUGGUUGUUGCAGAUUUUGCAAGUACUCUGUCAGAAGGACAUCCUGGUGGAAUGCAGUUCAGGACAAGUAUUCAGAAUGCUAGAGCAAACUUGUACCAGUAA